AUGUCCGAACCCCGUGAGACAGGAGGCCUCCCAUUGGAACAUACCACCAAACAACUACAGCAUCCCCAAGGCAACACUACACUUCAACCAACUUCAACCAGCGUCGAACAAUACCAAAUCCCACCGCCAUCAAACACUAAACGUAAGGGUGUAAAGAUUGUUGGUUCUCGCCGUCGUACUGGAACCACCGAACAGGCAGCGCCCAGCCCCCACACCGACUCCUCCCGCUCUGAACAACGGUUGGCUUCUAGCUCUACGAGCAUGGCGUCCCAAAUGUCUUCAGUCCACUACACCAGGACUGGUCGUAUCAGUAAAGCGAAGAAGGGUUUGAAAGUGCACAACUGCGACUGUGGAAGAUCAUACACGCGUGCAGAGCAUCUCAGAAUGGAUCUCCUGCUUCGGCACCAGGAGCGGCACAACGACCCCGGACACGAUUCACGCCAGCAAAGUCAGGAAGUUUCUCCGCAGCCUGAAUCCAUCCCCAUUUCCAUCCCAGAUCUUGAGCCAGUCACAAUCAGUGCUACUGCAAUUCCUCCAACAACAUCUUACUACGCGCCCGUAUCUCCCAUGAACGAGUCGGCGUCACUCUCAAGUCACUCCAAGGGCCACCGUUCGCAAUUUGCUCGCCACUCUGGAGCAGUUUCGAUGCCAGUCGACGCCAUGACACCCGGUCUAUGGCACGAACCUUACAGCCCCACACCGGGCUACUCCUCUUCUAGCGGCUACGCUUCACCGAUCGCACCGACCGACUUUCCACUAUACGGCCACGCCCCUUACCAUCGAACACGCACUCCCUCAAAUGCAUCAUUUAUAGAUCAACCAUGGUCUUACCAACCGCGAUCGCCUGCCUCAACAACAUCGAACAUGGCUUUUCCAUGGCCUCAGAGCGACAAGGGAUCUACUGCCCCAGGCCUUGCCUACAUGAACGUGUCUUAUCCGAUGACAAGCAUGUCGAUUCCUACCGGCAUCGAUCCAAUGGUUGGGUAUGGACACUUUGGUCCCAAGACAAUGGGACAGAGGGACGAAGAGGAGGGGGCGAUCCUCUUCGGAGAAUAUGGUAUGGCUCCAAUCGCGCACACUUAUCCGUUUGAGCAAUAUCUUGACUAUUACUGGAGGCUCUUUCAUCCCACUUUCCCCGUCGUCCAUAGAUCUACCUUUAUGAACCCGUCGCCGAUGCUGCACGCAGCCAUGAUCUCAAUCGGUGGUCACUACUCGAACGACAAGGGCGCCAAAAGGAAGUCUCGGGACCUCCAUGAUCAAUGUAUAAAGCUGCUUGAACGGAGGGAUCACGAAGCUAUGACCGACCCGGAACGGCUAUGCGAUUUCCAGGCAAUGUUUCUUAUUGAAGUUUUCUCCCAAUACCGCGCUCGCCGGUCUGGAAAAUUACUGUCGUCGAGGUUCGACAAAGUGUAUCACAAAGCCGUCGGAAACUGCAGGAGCACGACUUUACGGUUGCGCGAACUUGUCUCAACUUCUACUCAGCUUGAGCAUACAGCAUCGGACCGUUGGAUACACUGGGUUGAGUUAGCAACCUGGCAACGCUUGCUGCUAUCUUGUUACGUUCUGGCGUUCCAACAACCGCUUCUCCUCGCUCGCGAAACUUUACACUCGCUUAUUGAGAAUACUCGCUUUGAGAUUCCAUUCCCCGAACAUACCUCCCUCUGGGAUGCUACAGGCUCGGCCGAGUGGGCUGCAACUAUACUGGAACAAUCCUACACACCAACAUACGUUUACGAAAUCACACCCGAGUCAACAUUAACCUCUUUGGACACUUUUCAGUCUUCCGUCUUACUUGCAACGCACUACAACCUCCACGAGAAUAUUUCACCAUACAUCUCCUCCCCAACCGUGCCAGAUGUCCAACAUCUUCUGGACACUUCUCCAAUCAUCAAAAGAACACUACUUACGGCCAAACUUGUGCAGGUAACGCCUUUACGCGCGUUGAUUGCUGUUUGGGGCGAGUCAUGGAUUCUUUCCGAGAAAGUCACAUCUCCGCAAGUCUUUAACGCAAUGAAGACAACACUCCGAACAUGGCUUGCGCAGCUAUGGUCUUCCAACGAAUCAGAAACUCCACCAGUCAGAGAAGCGUUGAACCUCUCUGUAACGAUCUUGAGAGAGGCGUUACAAGAUCAAAGGGACAUGGUAGAGCUCGAGAUGGGAACAGAUAUGGGCAUCUUCUUCUCUGGAUUAGUCUUGUGGGCCAUUACAGUCUCAUCGGCGGCUCGAUCGACAACAAAUCCAUCGUCAACCCAGGCAGUAGAUCGUAUGCCAGUAUCUACAGGGGUAGGUGACCUUGCCUUUGGACUUGCUCAUAGUCAACCACAAUCACCUAUCAUCGAGGCAACCCCAGAGAACCCGCUCCUAUCACAUGCACAAAUCAUUAUCAAUACCAUUUCUUUCCUCUCCGACGCGAUGUACACGUUCUCCGAUGUGGUACCUGUACAGCAGAGUCAAGGCGACCAACUUCGUCAUCAAACUGGCUGUGUAAGUCUGCUUCUCUGGAUCAAACUCCGCCUACGAGGCAUACCUCUAGAAGAACCAAGCAGCGGCGUCGAUACUUGGUCUUCUAAGCCCGGUGAAAGCCUUGGUGAGCUUCUUGACGGAAUCAUUAGCUCAAUCGAGCGAGCUCUGGAUCGCGGUUGGAGUGGGUGGGGUGUCUAA